AUGAAUGAAAUAUCUAGUUUUCUAGUUGUUGCGCUUUUUUUCGACGCUGUAGCGGAUCCACAUUGCCCGUUCAGCAGUACUUACUUUGAGCCGUUAGUUUUCAACUCUUCGGACUCAAAAUAACUUUUUCGUUUUACAGAGCAGAUGUGUGUCUCAAGGAGAUGUACCGAGAAGAUAACUUUUACGUGGUAGAUUUUUUUAUUAUACAACAUUCAUUUUAAAAAAAUAAAAUUAAGGCGGAGUCCAUUUGUGAACUUAUGGGUGGACAGCUGCCGUGCGUCACAUCCGAAGGCAUGAAUUCUUUCAUUGCUAACUUCCCGAAAGGUUUUAUUGUAUGAGAAAAAAAAAGAAGCUAAAUCCGACAAUUUUUCAGACCUCUAUUGCGCUGAAAGCUCUCUACCUCUUUGGUUAGGAGUAUAUCCGAACGGAGGAUGUACUGGUGGGGGCAGCUCUCAGUACUCGAACUAUGGCAACAAAACGAACCAAACGAAGGCCGUAGAUCCAGUCUUGGACUGCGUUUUCAUGAAUCGCUCGACUCAGUUUUGGAGCCACGCGAGUUGUGGAGACCGUGCCCAGUUCCUCUGCCAGUUGCCUGUCUUGAAAGGUUUCAGUCUGUUAAUAUAAAUAUAGUUUGCACAAAACUUGCUGGGAAGCCUUUCUGAGUGAAAAAAAAGUGUUUAAAAAAGAUACUGUGGAUGAAAUAUAGUAAUACAUCUUUUUGUUUUACCCACGUUUCAGUUAACUGUCCAGCUUCUUGGGAAUUCAGUUUGGGCGGCUGCUAUCACGUUUUUCACAUCAAGAACGGCUAUCCACAGUCAGAGGCUCUUGAGUAUUGUGUUGCUGUGAGUUUUAUUAUUGAAAAAAUACUUUUUCGAUAGAAUUUGGUUGUUCUUCGCAUUAUUUAGUGAAAUAAUCUCAAAACGAACAGAACAUGGAAGAAAUUAUUAGGGUGGCAGGAAAGAAAUGCGUGUUUUUGAUGUCAUUUAAUUUUAUCAAAAAAAAAAGGUUAUCACAAAUCAAUUAGAACUGUAAUUUCUAUCUGUAUUAGCACCUUGUCAACAAUGCUCACGCAGAGAAUGGAUGCUCUCUCUGACAAACUAGGCCGCCUACGAGUCAAAGAAGUUGCACCCCCAAAUUUGGACUUUAUGAGUUUUUCAAUUUUUUUUUGGCUGUUAAGCGAUCCAAUGAUUCGGACAGAUGAUAAAUGCAAAGAGCCAUGUCUGAGCAAUGUAGCGGAAAAGCAGAAAUUUGCAGAACAGUUUUUCUGAUUUUGGGCUAACACAUUUUCGCAAAAAGACGGAAAAGCGAUAUCGUGAGGCCAUUUUUCCAUUCAGCCCAAGAGCUUCUUUGCACUCCGUUGCGUGAAAAAACUGUUUUCUUUCGCAGAUAUAGGUGUGUAAUAACUGAUGAGCCAGUUUUACAGGUGUCUGUUGUGGAUCCAGUUUAAUGGCAUUUUAAAAUCGCCUUUAUCGUCGAUUUUUCCGUGUUUUUUGAUUUCAAAGGUCUUUUCGCCUAGUGAAUAGCGCUAAAGCAAUUCAAAAUGUUAACUAUCAGAAAAAAGCAUCAAUGGUGAUCAUAAUAUUGAAAGGUGCCAAGCUUCUGAAUUUGAUUUGUACUUUUUGAAAUAACGCGAAAACUAGGUCCGCGAAUACAGUUUUUGAAAGGAAAUUUUCAGAGCUAUUUUUCUUAUAGAAAGGCGGAAUGAACGUCAGCAAAUUAUAUAUCCAAUGACGCAAAAGGACAAGCCCUUUUCGACUAAAAAUACCGUUCCAAAUAAUAUUGCUUCUAUUGAGAUAGCCGUUUAAGAGAAAACUGAAAACGAUGAGAAAGAUUGACCAGGAAUUUUUAACAAUACUAAGGCGACUGGUCUAUAUUCCGUGGCCUGUUCCACAGCCAGGAAACUAAUUUUUUUUUAAUUCAUUGAGAAACUAACUUAAGUGUAUCGAUAAGCACCUGAAUUUAUAUUUUACCACCAGAACAAUUUUAAACACUCUUAUAUGACCGGCAGCCUUGAACAAGCGUGGAAUCCUGAAAUUUCAAAUUGGGUCUAUCACAGAUUGGCAAAAGGUUCGAGGUCAAUGCAACCCUUGCAUCUAUACACUCUGAGGCUGAAAACGAAAUAAUUUUUGGUUUGCUUACUGAAAAUGUUAAUAUUUCCACCGUGGUUUAUUUCAGGAUUGGGUCAGCUUACGGCCUAUGCAGAUAUAAUGUGGAUUGGUCUACAAUCCAGCAACAACGAGUCUCUCUCAUGGACGGAUGAAUCGGCCGUAGAUUUUAACAACUUGUUAUCAGAUGGAAACAACGAAUGCUCUUCCGAUUGUUGUGCAGUGGUUCGUUUUGAAUAUUUUUAUUGGUUUCCCACGCAUUCAUGCCUCGUUCCACAUUGACUUCCUUUAGCAAAACAGUCUUCCUCGUUCAAAAAGAACCGAAACGCGGCAAAGUUCCCACUGCUUGAUUUGUUGGUUCCGCCCUUAUGACGAGAAAAUUUUUUGAAAAGUCAAACCAUAUCGAACACUUGCUAGAAGGCGGAGCCCUCCAAUCACGCUGUGGGAAUUCGGCUGGAGUAGUUGAACUAGAAAAACUGUUUCACUGCGCGCCACCGUUUGAACGCGGCAUCAAUUUCGCCCAAGAGCUUCUUUAUUUGAUUAUUCAGAUGAAUCUUGGAGCGCAAUUCCUCAGCCCUUUGAACGUUUCAAAUGGGAUAUCUCGUUGGAAUCUUGUACCUUGUAGCAAGUCAACCAAAGCUUCUCUAUUUGUUUGUAAAGUUGUAUGA